AUGAAGGUCGACGACAUGACGGCUCAGCUCGAGUCGAUGCUCGCACAGCGCGAGGCAGCGCCCCAGCCCGAGGGCACAACAGGGCCCGCGCCGGCCGUCCGUCGCACCGUGGACGAGGUGUACGCCGACCUGCAGACGUCGCCGCUCUUCAUGACGGAGCUCGACGAGGACAACGAGACGGUGGCGGCGCUGCAGGCCCUCGCCUUUGAGGGCACGCCGCUCGAGAACGCCACCAACUUCAAGGACCAGGGCAACGAGUGCUUCCGCGCGCGCCGCUGGGCCGACGCCCGCGCCUUCUAG